CUUCCGCUCUUCACUCCCCUCCCCUCGCGCUCUCCUCUUUCUCCUCCUCUCCUGAUUCACGAGGCCCAAGCCUACCGCCAAAGGUCUCGAUCUCCAGCGGGGCUCUCCGGCGCACUUUCUCGUGCCUCGGGGACCCCGAUCCGCCGCCGAGAUCCCGUUCCCGGAUGCACUGAUCAGAUCGUUCCUGAAGACUUGGUUCGCUCGGAUAUGGCGGCGAACGGCAUGAAGGUGGCGCUGCACCGGCAGGUAUCCGGCGGCUCGAUGAAGCACAACGCGGAGCUCCGGCGGCAGGCGUCGCUGGAGUCCCCGCGGACGGGGCGGGCGACGAGCCGGUUCCUGUUCGGGCGGCAGUCGUCCAUGGACCCGAACCGGCGGCGCGGCCGGAGCCAGAGCCCCGUGGGGUCGUCGGCGGAGGACCUGACCGUGCCGGAGAACCUGGACGCCACCAUGCAGCUGCUCUUCUUCGCGUGCCAGGGCGACGCGAUGGGGGUCGAGGGCCUGCUGCGGAGCGGCGUCGACGUCAACAGCAUCAACCUCGACGGCCGCACCGCGCUGCACAUCGCCGCCUGCGAGGGACACCGCGACGUCGUCCGGGUGCUGCUCAACUGGAAGGCCAACAUCGACGCGCGUGACCGCUGGGGCAGCACGGCAGUAGCUGAUGCCAAGUUCUAUGGCCACUCUAGGGUCUACGAUCUCUUGAAAGCUCAUGGUGCAAAAAUUCCGAAAAACAAGAGGACGCCGAUGAUGGUAUCGACCCCCGGCGAGGUACCGGAGUACGAGUUGAACCCCGGCGAGGUCCAAUUCCGGCGCGGCCACGAUGUUACACCGGGCAUGUAUCAUAUUGCGAAAUGGAAUGGGACCAAGGUUUCCGUAAAGAUACUUGACAGAGAAGGCUGCUCCGAUCAAGAUGCCGCAAACUCUUUCAGGCAUGAGCUGACUGUACUGGAGAAGGUCCGGCACCCUAAUGUUGUUCAGUUCGUCGGGGCCGUGACACAGCACAUACCUAUGAUGAUUGUUUCUGAACUUCAUGAAGAGAAAGACUUAACCGCCUGUAUUCAGAAGAAAGGGAAGUUACAUGGUCAGAAGGUGCUAAGAUAUGGCCUUGAUAUUGCCAGGGGCAUGGCCUAUCUCCAUCAGUGCAAACCGGACCCCAUCAUACACUGCGACCUAAAGCCAAAAAAUAUCUUCCUGGAUAGUGGAGGCAACCUCAAAAUUGCAGGAUUCGGAGUGACAAGGAUGUCGAAGAUCGGCUCUGACAAAAUGAGAUUGGUCCAUCAAGAGGAUCUUGUUGACAGCUUCAGUUACCACACUGCACCUGAGCUGUACAGAAAUGACGCAUUUGACUCAAGCGUCGAUGCCUACUCGUUCGGUUUCAUCCUCUAUGAGAUGGUUGAAGGAUUAGUGAGAACACCAGAGGAUUCAGGACACUCAAUCCGGUUCGAGGGGGUGCGGCCAUCACUGAAGGGAAAGCUCAAGGGCUAUCCCCCAGACUUCAAAGCGCUGAUCGAGGAAUGCUGGCACCCUCAGGCCAUGGCUCGGCCGACGUUCUCGGAGAUCAUCAUCCGGCUGGACAAGAUCUACGCGCACUGCGCCAAGCAAGGGAGCUGGAAGGACUCGCUGAAGAUUUGGUUGGUAUCCCGGCGAUUUAAGCGAAUUAAGUACCGCUCAGUGAAGAGCAGAAUUCACACUGAACUGUGAACAGUAAUGUUCAGAAGAAAAAGAUCAUGCAUUUCCUUGGAAACAAAAACACGCACACGAUGAACUGAAAAUUUGCUCUGCGUUGCCCUGUGUUUUACAGGAAAUGACAUGGCCUGCUCGCCUUCUUUGUGUACAUAUCGCUGCGAACGCGUCUCCUUCCGGGGGGGAGACUGAGUGCUGUUAAGGUGGAGGAUCACGUGCCAUGUUGAUUAUUUUUUUUUGGUACGAAUUGUAACAGAUUGUGAGUAAAAUCGGUCAGAACGACACGUAUACGCCCUUUUCUUUCAGUGCAGUGUGAAGCAGAAUGCAAAUGUUGUUGAUAUUCUCGUAGA